GCUGGGGGCGCAGGGCGCCGGGACCACAGAAGCGCGCUGGGUUGAGCCGCACAGCUCCCACCGUCGCCGAACGCGGGCUUCUCGAUCUGGUGACCUCGCCUCCCAGCGCUCGGCCUGCCCGCCUCCUGAGUCACCUCUGCCCACGGAUGGGCUGGGGAAGUUGGGAGGAGCGAGCCGGAGCCCGCGCCGGGCUCGCCCCGCCGCUGCCUGAUUCGGCGCCCGCAGUCCCGGCGCAGAGUGCCUACCGCAGGCUGGCAGGCCUCGGCUCUGAGAUCGCCGGCUGACGAUGGGCACGACGGCCAGCACGGCCCAGCAGACGGUCUCUGCCAGCACGCCCCCCGAGGGCCUGCAGAGCUGCGGCACCGUGGAUGGGCGGCACACACUCGGCGCCCACCCCUUCCAGACCGCGGGCCUGCACAGCAGCAAGGCCAAGUCUGUCAUCCCCAACAAGGUGGCCCCCGUCGUGAUCACGUACAACUGCAAGGAGGAGUUCCAGAUCCAUGAUGAGUUGCCCAAGGCCCAUUACACGCUGGGCCGGCUCUCGGACGCCACCCCUGAGCACUACCUGGUGCAGGGACGCUACUUCUUGGUGCGGGAUGUUGCUGAGAAGACGGACCUGCUGGGUACUCUGCGGAGCUGUGGGGCCCCCAACUUCCGGCAAGUGCGAGGCGGGCUGGCCGUAUUUGGCAUGGGACAGCCCAGCCUCUCGGGGUUCAGGCAGGCCCUUCAGAAACUCCAGAAGGACGGACACAAGGAGUGCGCCGUCUUCUGCGUGCGGGAGGAGCCCGUGCUGUUUCUGCGAGCCGGUGAGGACUUCGUGUCGUACACGCCUCGAGACAAGCAGAGCCUUCACGAGAACCUGCAGGGCCUCGGGCCCGGGGUCCAGGCGGAGAGCUUAGAGCUGGCCAUCCGAAAAGAGAUCCACGACUUCGCCCAGCUGAGCGGGAACACGUACCACGUGUACCACAACACCGAGGACCUGCAGGGGGAGCCCCACGCUGUGGCCGUCCGGGGCGAGGACGAUGUGCACGUGACUGAGGGGGUGUACAAGCGGCCCCUGUUCCUGCAGCCCACCUACAGGUACCACCGCCUGCCCCUGCCAGAGCAGGGGGCGCCCCUGGAAACCCAGUUUGAUGCCUUUGUCAGUAUCAUCCGGGAGACCCCCAGCCUGCUGCCACUUCGAGACGCCCACGGGUCACCCCCUGCUCUCCUCUUCAGCUGCCAGACAGGUGUGGGCAGGACCAACCUGGGCAUGGUCCUGGGCACCCUUGUCCUCUUUCACCACAGCGGGACUGCCUCCGGGCCAGAGGCGGUCCCUGCGAAGACCAAGCCGCUGCCCAUGGAGCAGCUCCAGGUGGUCCAGAGCUUUCUCCACGUGGUGCCCCAGGGGAGGAGGAUGGUGGAGGAGGUGGACAGAGCCAUCACUGCCUGUGCCGAGUUGCACGACCUCAAGGAGGUGGUCUUGGAAAACCAGAGGAAGCUGGCGCGUGUCCGGCCCGGGAGCCCAGCCCAGGGAAGCAGCAGCCAGCACAGCGUCCGGCAGAGGGCGCUGCGGAGCCUGGAGCGAUACUUCUACCUGAUCCUCUUUAACUACUAUCUGCAUGAGCAGUACCCGCUGGCCUUUGCCCUCAGUUUCAGCCGCUGGCUCUGUACCCACCCUGAGCUGUACCGCCUGCCUGUGACCCUGGGCUCAGUGGGGCCCACGGCCCCCGCGGACCUCAUCGCCAAGGGCUGCCUGGGCGCGGACGAUCUCAUUUCCCUGGACGCACUCAGCACCAUCAGAGAGAUGGACGUGGCCAACUUCCGGCGGGUGUCCCGGAUGCCCAUCUAUGGCACGGCCCAGCCGAGUGCCAAGGCCCUGGGGAGCGUCCUGGCCUACCUGACUGACGCCAAGAGGAAGCUGCAGCAGGUCGUUUGGGUCAACCUGAGGGAGGAGGCUGUGCUGGAGUGUGACGGGCGCACCCACAGCCUGCGGGGUCCUGCGCCUCCCGUGACCGCUGACCGACUGGAGGACCUGGAGACCCAGCUGAAGGCCCACCUGAGUGUGCCUCCCCCCGGCGCAGAGGGCCCACGGCCCCACAGGUUCCAGACGUGCCUCACCACGCGGGAGGUCUUCAGCCAGCACUGCGGGGCCUGCCCCGGCCUCACCUACCACCGCAUCCCCGUGCCAGACUUCUGUGCGCCCCGAGAGGAGGAUUUCGACCGGCUGCUGGAGGUCCUGCGGACGGCCCUGGCCAAGGACCCGGGUACCGGCUUCGUGUUCAGCUGCCUCAGCGGCCAGGGCCGGACCACAACCGCCAUGGUGGUGGCUGUGCUCGUCUUCUGGCACAUCCAAGGCUUCCCCGACGUGGUCGAGGAGGAACUCGUGAGUGUGCCUGACGCCAAGUUCACCAAGGGGGAGUUUGAGGUGGUGAUGAAGGUGGUGCAGCUGCUGCCCGACGGGCACCGUGUGAAGAAGGAGGUGGACGCGGCGCUGGACACGGUCAGUGAGACCAUGACGCCCAUGCACUACCACCUGCGGGAAAUCAUCAUCUGCACCUACCGCCAGGUGAAGGCCGCCAAGGCGGAGCAGGAGGCCCGGAGGCUGCGGCUGCGGAGCCUGCAGUACCUGGAGCGCUACGUGUACCUGGUGCUCUUCAACGCUUACCUGCACCUGGAGAAGGCGGGCGCCUGGCAGAGGCCUUUCAGCACCUGGAUGCGGGAGGUGGCGUCGAAGGCUGGAGUCUAUGAGAUCCUCAAUCAGCUGGGCUUCCCCGAGCUCGAGAGCAUGGAGGACCAGCCCUUCUCAAGGCUGCGCUGCCGGUGGCAGGAGCAGAACCACAGCCUUGCACCUGUCGCUGCUGGGGACUUCCCGUAGACUGUGUCCCUAGCCCCAUCCCCUCCAGCAGAGCCACACGAAGGCUUGGGGUGUCUGAGGUGCUCUUCACUGAAGUGGCCCUGACUUAACAGUUCCCCAGCUUCCCAGAGAGGCUGGGUUGGGACCCUUGUUUUGAAAAAGCUUUUUAUAGGACAGUAAGCACAUAGUCAUACCUUGCAAGUGACAGGCGUGAGAGCAGCCUUCAGGAGAGCCUGGUGGGUAUGUCCUGCAGACGGGCUGGCACCGGCCCUCCGAGGAGUUCGCUCCUCAGGUUGCUGAACAAAGCUGCUUGCCACUCCACAGCCACCCUCCUCCUUCUCCCCUCUCGGAGGACCGACAGCCCCAGGGCGGAGCAGCGCGCCAGUGCUGGGUUCCUUCUCUCGCAUUCAUUCCCUGCUCUCCCUCUCGGCUUCUCCCCUUUAGCUGCCUGAGCACUGCACUGGGGGCCUCUGCUCCCUGGGGGUGGACAGCACCCUGGGUGGCUUUGUUCCUUUAAAGGCAGCUUUACCUAGUGUUCUUGCCUCUUGUGCCCCGUCUCCAACCUGGAGACUCCCAGAAGCACAGCCACAUGGCUUGGUGGGUCCAGCAGAGGCCUCUGCCUCUCCUUUCUUUCCCCUCUUCCCUCCCAUGGGGCUGGCAGGACCCCAGAGUUUCCCAAGGAGCUUGUGAAGUUUCCCAAGGAGCUGGAAACAUCAGGGAGCCCUUCUCAGAGGAAGAAAGAGCGUCUGGAAGGUGGAUGAACCCUGUGAAAGAAGCCAGCUCCAUUUGCCUGGGAGCCCGGGUGGGAGGUGCUGAGGAAGCAAAGGCACGCAGCCUCGGGUCCCUCCAUCCCUCCGCCCCGUCCCCGCAGCCCAAGAUGGCCCUUUGCCCCCACCUGCUGCAGCAGAAGCUCUCAGGGAUGCCGCACCUGAGUGAGUGGUGGGGUGUGUGAGAGUAGGCCAGUGGCAGCCUGGGGGUCACCCAGAUACCAGUCCAUUCUCACCGAGGCCCACUGAGCUGCCCCCAGUAGGAGCGGAAGGGGCCAGCACGCUGACCUCCAGACCUCCAGGAUCUGCUGUGUCUGUGCGGUGGGAAAGCCUCUCAGAAGAGGCAGGAGGGGCAGGCGGUGUUGGGUAGAGCCUUGCUGCUCUUGCUCUGGGGGCCGGGAUCUGCUGAACACCAGGGGCUGAAUGGUGGGGAGGCCGUCCACCUGGCCUGGCUUGUUGGGGCCAGGGGGCCUCUUUGGUUCAGCCCCUGAACUUAUGGAGAAGAACAGUGGUUGUGUCCCUAGUCAUGACAUUUGAAAAGGGGACAAGAGGCUGAAGUUGUUCAUAUCUACCUAGUAUUGGAAAAUAUUUGACCAUCUUGGCUGAUAUCUUUUUGCAGAACUACUGUAUGUCUGUUCACUAUCUUUCCAGAUGUAUUUUUUAAUUAUUUUGCAUGUAUUAAAAAUUUUUACUUUCUUUGCAGACAGGGUCUGGGUGAGGGGUCAGAGAUCAGGGCUGAACUGGGAGGGGGUCUUUGCGUCCUUGUGGUUGGCCCUGACUUUCCUGUGCUGGGAUCACUGGCCGGUCACUGCUCUGCCUCAGUAUCCCCAUCUGCAAAAUGGGAGAAUAAUACUUCCUACCUACCUCACAGGGGUGUUGUGAGGAUUCAUUUGUGAUUUUUUUGUACAGAGCUUUUGAGCAUUAAAAACAGCUAAA